CGUGGCGAUGUGGUGGGUUUCCUCUCGAUUACAUGCUGCCAGCUCGCAUGCGAGUUUUAACCCACAUACGAGAGACGACGUCAUCGCGACCGCAGACAGCUGGUGCCCAUAACACGGACACUGCUCUCACCACAGGAGGGAGCCAGCGCUUCAACGUCCAAACUCAAUCAUGGACGUGUCCAGUCUGACACGGAGUCUCUUACGAUGGCUCGAAAAUGCUCGGCAUGAUAUGCCAUGGCACGUCAUUGUCCCAACAGUGGCCGCCUCGUACUUUGCUCUAGUGCAGGCACUGCGCUUUCGGGCGCUGCACAAGAUGGAGCGCAAAUACGCCGCAUACCUCGACGACCCGUACAAGCUCGACUACAAGCAAGCCCAAGAGAUUAUGCAGCUGUCACUUCUCUACGACAUGCCCUUCCUGUUCGGCUUCAGCACGCAGUGGGCGCUCAUCAAGAGCUACGGCAUCGCGACGGGGACGCCCCUGCUCGUCAAGACGCGGCAGCUCAGCGACCCUGCCAAGGCCGGCAAGCGCGCCGAGGACACGGGCGUGCUACUGGGCGAGUUCCUGGCGGGCGACCUCGACAGCGAGCGGGCGCGCCUCGCCAUGGGCAAGCUCAACUGGAUGCACCACCGCUUCAGCAUCCUCGAGGGCGACUACGUGCACACGCUUGCCCUCUUCGUCCUCGAGCCGCACCGCUGGAUUGAAAAGUACGACUGGCGCCCGCUCACGCGGCUCGAAAAGGUUGCCCACUUCCUCUACUGGCGCGAGAUUGGCCAUCGCAUGGGGUUUGGCGGGAUCCCCGAGACCCUGGAGGAGCUCGAGGAGUGGAAGGUCGAGUACGAGAAGACGCACCUGUACUACAUCCCCGAGAACAAGAUGGUGACGGACGCCACGCUCGACGUGUUCCUGAGGGACCUGCCCAAGCCCUUGCAUAGUUUCAUGCGAACCAUGUUCUGCGCUCUCAUCGAGGAGAAGCACGUCCUGAGAGCCAUCGGAUACCCAGAACCACCAGCCUGGGCCCUCAGCCUGAAAGACUGCGUCCUCGGCCUGCGGCGGAUGUGUCUCCGCCACCUGGCCUUGCCACGCUUCCGGGCUCUCAGCCCGCUAGCAAAGCAGGGCAAGGACGGCAGGUACUACCGGUCCCCGGCAUAUGUCCUGUUUGAGCCGUGGUACGUUGCCGACUCGUGGUGGAACAGGCUCGCGCUGUGGCUCAAGUUUGGCGUCGGCGGCGGCGGCGGUAGCGGCAAGGUGCCCGGCGACAAGUGGCGCAAGCAGGGGUACCUGCCUCACGAGCUGGGUCCCCCUGGGACGGAGAAGGUGUCGAGGGACAACGUGGAGCGCCAGGCUGCCGCGCUCGAGGAGUACGCCGGGAGCGGCAAGUCGCAGAUGGGGUGUCCGUUUGACUUUGGGUGGCAGCGGUGA